AUGGACCCCUUCGAGUACAAUGCCAACCCAGGCCGUGUGGUCUUCGGGAAGGGCAGUAUUCAGAAACUCCCAGAUGAGAUCAGACGUCUGGGAUUCUCAUCACCACUCAUCCUCUCCACCCCCCAGCAAGUCAGUCAAGCAGAAGACCUUGCGAAGAUCUUGACCAAUGCAUCGAUCGAGCCAGCUGGCAUCUACACCAAUGCCACCAUGCAUACUCCCUCACACAUCACCGAAGAAGCCAUGUCGUUCAUCCAAGACAAGUCUGCAGACUGUGUCGUCUCAAUAGGUGGAGGGUCAACAACAGGUCUGGGCAAGGCAAUCUCGGUCCGCACCGGUUUAUAUCACAUUUGCGUCCCGACGACAUAUGCCGGCAGUGAGAUGACACCGAUCCUGGGUGAAACGCAAGAUGGCCGCAAGACAACGCGCUCAGACCCCAAAAUCCUUCCCGGCACAGUGAUCUACGAUGUGGAUUACACAAUGACCCUGCCUACAGGCCUCAGCGCCACGUCCGGAGUCAACGCAAUCGCCCACGCCGUCGAAGCGCUCUACGCGAAGAACAAGAAUCCUAUCAUUUCCCUCCUUGCUCUCGAAGGCACGAAAGCCCUCGCCGAGUCCCUCCCAGAAAUCAUCAAGGACUCCAACUCUCAGCCAGCGCGUGAAAAGGCACAAUACGGCGCGUGGCUAUGCGGUGUUUGCCUUGGCUCUUCCGCGAUGGCCCUACACCACAAGCUGUGCCACACGCUCGGCGGUUCCUUCAACCUUCCCCACGCAGAAACCCACACCAUCGUCCUUCCGCACGCCCUUUCGUACAAUGCACCAGCCAUCCCGGAAGCGAUGGAGAAGCUCGCCUCGGUCUUGCCUGGAAGCGAGGGUGACGCCACCAAAGGCUUGAAUGUGCUGCUGGAGAAACUACAGGUGAAGCGAGCGCUGAAGGACUAUGGCAUGAAGGAAGAGGACAUCGACAAGGCGGCAGAGAUUGCUGUCAGCAACCAGUAUCCCAACCCGAGAAAAGUGGAGAAGGAACCUAUCCGCGAGCUGAUCAGGCGGGCAUGGGCUGGCGAGCCGGCUAGGGCGGAUUUAUAG